GAAAGGACUCAAAGAAUCAAAGCAGUUGCAUCACCAUCUCAGCCAACCAAUCCAAAUAGAAUCAUGUCUGUCACUGCUGCUAUUAGCACUCGUGCCUAUAUUGGUUCACUCCUCUGUCAAAGAGACUCCUUUGCACGCACUAUUCAGACUGUCGUCAUCUCCUGUGUUGAAUCGUCAGUUUCUGGCUCUACUGAUGCUGUUCAUUCCAAACCAAAGAUGUUUGAAGUGGUAUUGGCUGAUACUGUCAUCUUUCCAACUGGUGGUGGUCAACCCAACGACCUUGGUAAAAUCAAUGGAAUUCCAAUUGUUGAUGCUCGAAGGGUCGGACUGGACUGUGUUCAUAUCCUCAACAAUCCUGUCGAAAAAGACCAGGUUGUUCAGGUUGAUUUAGACUGGGAUCGUCGCUUCGAUCACAUGCAGCAGCACUCUGCCCAACAUCUUCUCUCAGCGAUUGCACAGAAAGAGUUUGACAUGAAAACUGUUGGAUGGAGUUUAGGAAAAGCGGUCUGUUACAUUGAAGUCACAGCUGAGCCUAAACAGCAUGUACUGGAUGCGCUUGAACAACAAGUCAACGCAUACAUUCGCAAACGGAUCGCAGUGUCUGUUGUUGAGCAUGACAUGAAUGAACAUGAUAUGCCCAAAAAACUUCCCAGCGAUCUGGAUGGUGCUGUGGUACGAUGUAUUACUUUUGAUGGAUUGGAUAAUAAUACAUGCUGUGGAACCCAUGUGGAAAACUCGGCAGACAUUCAGUGCUGUAAGCUGUUGCAUACUGAGCGUGUACGUGGUGGAAAUACUCGUGUGUUUUUUGUUGCUGGCAAUAGGGUUUUCCAAUCCUACCAAUCUACCUUUUUACGUAACCGCAAGCUCACUGACCUUUUAAGUACAGGUCCGGAAAACUUUGUUGAGCGUGUGGAAGGACUCAAGAAAAACAUCAAGGAGUUGAUAAAGACAAAUAAGAAACAGUCCAAAGAAAUUGCCGCACUUGAAAAGUUGAAGCUAGGCGAUUUAGGGACUACUGCCAACGCUAGUCAAUCGAUUGCAAAACAGUAAACAAAGCAAUGCAAUGUUUGAUUAUAUUCUUGGUUACAAAAGAUAUGCAUGCUUUAUAAAAACAAAAUGACUCCAUAAUCAGUUAGCACAAGCAAUAAACUAACACUUGAUCUCAACAAUGUAACGAGCAACCCAUACUGAUUUAUUUUUAGCAGGUGUUGAAAUAAAGUCGGACUUU